GAGGAUCAGACUGCACCAGGUCCUUCAGAUGAGCACAGAGACAUCCCUCCCCAGCCUGAUGAUUCACUAACGUCAGCCUUCCUGCAUGGAGACUACUGUCUUGUUGGGGUCAGUGAACAUUUGAAUACAGAUUACAUGGCUGUGCGGUGAUACAAAAUUUCUCUUCGAGUGUUGAAAAAUAUUUCACAAGUGAGCGCAGUGCAAAAGUUCAACACGAGAAGAGAAAUGUCUUAUCUCCAAGCGGCCGUGCAGUGUUCCAUUUAUUGUAAUAUAUAGAUUUAGCCAGGGCUAAAAGCGAAGCUCUCGAUAAUAUUUAUAUUUUUGUUCAAACAAAAUAUAAAAUCGUGUAAUGCUAAGCGGCGAAGGCAACACCGGAGAACGGUGAAAAACAACAAUAGGUCUAAUUAGCAAAAAAGCAACUUUGCACGUGCAGCACACUUUUUUUGUACAUUUCCUUGCCGUUGUUUUGCACGUCUACAACGCGAAACUUCCGGAAACUUUUUUAUGGAGGAAAUGUCGUACGUGUUCUCGUUCACUUUUUAUCCACUGCCGCUCAUUUUCUCCUUGCAUUGGUGGCCGCUAGCAUUUCUCAUUUUGCCACCACCGUUACAAAAUUUUCAUGUUGUUCUUCCAACAAAAAAAAUGUCUCCUUUAUUUUUUAUCUCUCACUCUAGAUCUCUGUCACCCCUUUUCUCGCUGAGUUUCGCUGGCAUGCCGCCUACUCUCUCGUUUUUCCCUUUCUUUCUCUUAUUUUAUUUUCCAAAUUUGUGGACAUGACAAUCAAUCUAAGCUUAAAACUUUAGACAACACGGAUACAGAAACAAUUUCCGGUUUCCGUUUUCGUCUUUAUGGACUCUUUAGCUACCUCUGCUUUACAAGACGCGGGUGGUUAUGCGAUUUCCCGCCAAAAUAACCUCGAGUUGCAUUUGGGUUGCCAUACCUGUUGAUUGAGUUAUUUUACAUUGGUAUGCCCGUAGUACGGACGGAGGGUCACUCGGGCGGUUGGUGUACGGUCACGUGAUUACCCAAUUUUCUCGGAUGGGUAGAUUUCCACAUUUUCUUACCCAUGGCAACACUCCUAGGCAUGCUUCAUGCUAAGGAAACCGGGAUAAGCUCCGGCCAAUAGGCCAUUUGCACGAUGGCGUCAUUUUACUACUACGACCAGAAUUCUUUUGGGUUUUCUUUUCAUAUUUAAAUUUGGUAGUCCCAGUGAGGUUUAAAUAACAAAAGUCCUAAUUUGCACAAGAAAGCAAAACCCUGAAGGAUCCUGGUCAUAGUAGUAAAAUGACGCCGUCAUGCAAAUAGCCUAUUGGAGCUUUGGCUGGUGUGCGCCUUUACAUUACCUAAGAAGGCAAAGCAUCUUCUUUGAACUUGUACAUCGACAUCUGACCCAACAGACGACCUUAACUUAAUUUAGGUCAACCUAAAUUAGAGUUUGGUUCGUCUCAUGAAAAGUUCGACGUUUGGCCCAGACCUUACUCUCAUUAUUUUCAAUGAAAAGUGUGUUAUUUACUUUGACGUUGUGUUGGCUGACAAUUAAUAAUUAUUUUCUUGUAAUUUGCAGGGCGGCUCUGGUUGGUGGAAGUACGAAUUCUGUUAUGGCAAGCAUGUAACACAGUUUCACGAGGAGGUAACAAACAACAAACACAAAAACAUUUUAGCCUCAUGCGAUGGUUUCUGAUAAGUGUAGUGCCAUGAUAAAUAAUUAACCUGGUCCCGGUUGUUCAAACAAUGGAUAGCGGUAUCCAACCGAAAAAUCACCAUCCAGCGGAUAAGUAUUAGGGAAACCAAUUACGUUAUCCACUGGACAGAGAUUUAUCCAGUUGUUAGUGUUAUCUGGGUUUUGAACAACUGGGCCCUGAAUAACAAGAAACAUUUGAAAACGUUUUAAUAUUUUGUAAUUGAUGAAGAAGUAAGUUUCUAGAAUAUGUUUAUUCUCUCAUUUUCCACGGUGACAGCCGAUUGCACUAAAAAAUCACCACCCUUCGUAUCCCCUUCCUCGCUGGUUUCCCAUUUCGUUUGCUCUACUAUCUUUGAGAAAAUGAAGGAGUACUUGUACAGGUGAUAUACCUAAUUACAAUAACGUUGUCUUAGAAAAAUGAAAAAAAGGAAAAAGCCAAAUAGGAAUUAAUUAGGCUAAUAAGCCUAAACAGAUUCAUAUGCAGCAUGUGCACAUGGACGUCGUAUUUGCCUGUUGGAAUUUGCUAUUGUUUUAAAGCUGGAAAACAAUCAAAAAAAUUCCAGCGGAGAAAUGCAGCAGCGGCAAAUGAAUCCACCCUGAGAAUGUGGCUUAAUUAGCGUAAUUAAUUCCUAUUUGGCUUUUUCCUUUUUUCAUUUUUCCACGACAACGUUAUUGAAAUUAGGUGUAUAUGCAUGGACAAAUUAGUUCUGAUUGGCUGAAAAUUAGUCCAUAGUAGCAUAGUAGACCAAUGACGUACUGCGGAAAAGUCUGUAGGUUAAGCAAUACAGAACUAAAGCAGUGGCAAAAGCACUUUUGACUGUGGCUUGAAUAAAAAUUCAAACAGUAGGAAAAUGAGCCAUAUAUAUUUAUAUACACUUUUUUUAAAAUUCAGGAAUCUGGUACAAGGAUAGAUAUUCUUCUGGGCAAAUGGGACAGAGAGGUAAUAUUCUAUACACGUACUUAACAAUAGGCCACUGUCGUGUUCCAGAAACUCUCACUUUCAAAACGAGGCUAAGUGCAAAACCUUUCUUGCUGAAAAUUAGUUCUCUUUGCAUGAGAAUAAAAAGAUCAUUUUCAUAUCAUCGGCUUCACACGAAGCCUCGCUUUGAUACACAAGCUUCGGGCAACUCGAAAAUGGCCUUCUAAGUGGCGAUGUUUUCGUUCUGCUGAAACAAAGCCGAUUUACUUUGUGUUUUUUCCUUUCAAGUAAGAGCGGUACUGCACUGUAUAAGGUCGUCAGUCGUUUGAACAGCAAGUGGUGGUGAAGAACUUUUCACUUUAUACCCCCUUUUACCAACCCUCUGGGGUUCUGCUGCGGCGCUUGCCUCAAAUUCCCUUGUGAUUCUUCACCCGUGUCAAGGAUGCAAGAACAUCACUACGUCAUCAGUAGGGAAUUUCUAGGGACCUUACGAUUCCACAACGGCGACGCCCAUGAAAACGUCACUGAAAAAUAGACUCCGCAUCCUUUCAAACCAUUUCGUGAUUUUCCCAAGUGUCCCUGUUACUUAAAAGAACGGAAUUUAGGUUAGAAAUGAAGAGAGGGGGCCGCGCCUGAGUUCAGACAGAGAUGGUAGAAUUUAUCGCCCUCCUAUUCCCGUGCUCAAAAUACUUGAAAUUUGGUCAUUUCACGUCGUAGUUGUGCAGAGACGGCAAAGAAAUGUGCAAAACAAGCCUGACCGUCGCCGUCGUAGUUUCGUAAGGUCUCUGCUGUCAAUGAGACGCAGACGUCUCGCCCCUAGCGUCGAGGAACUAGGAGAGCAGUAUUCGCAGGCUAAGCUGAUACGAAAAAAAUUUUUGUUGAAAUAAAAUGGCUAAGCUUUCCUUGUGUUUUAUGUUUUAGAUUCAUAUUAAAUGGAAGAAAGACAGAAUGGGGCACACAUCAAGGUAAGAAUGGAUAAGCUGUUACCUGUUUCACUGAGCUGUUCUUGUAAGAUUCAAAUGCCAGUAGUCAAGCCAGUUUUGCUUGUUUUCGGUAUCUUUUGUCGAGGUUUUCUUAUUUUCACGACAACAGCAAAAAACUUUUGAUAAAGACUUAGUGUUAGUUAUCUCUUUUUCUUAGUAAUUUCAUUUCCAAGCAUUGUGUUUCCUCUAGGACAAAGUUAUACAUCUCCAAAACGUUUCGAAACAGCAGUGACUGUAUUUCAAGAUCUAAUAUCUAAGAUCUAAAACUGAGAUCUGCCAGCGAGUGAUUAAAUUAUGAAAAUAGCACUGCUGUUUAAUGCACCCACCAAGUUUCAGUUUUCAACCUUACUUUUGUCAAUUUGUUUACAGCUAUGCGGAUCACUUUUACGGCGGUGGCGAUGUUUGCGACCUAACAGGAAAUCAUAGAAGCGUUCAAGUUAGAUUAAAGUACGUUUUAAUUUCCUCAACACUUGUAUUUCCAAGUGUGCCAUAGCAUACGAAAAACUAAUUCCGGUUAAUUAAAUACUGGCCUGUAUAUAAAUAGUGCUAUUCAAACGAACCGCUAACUAUUUUUAAUCUGAAUGUUGACACCAUAGGAUUUUGUCCACAAACUCAAAAGUUGUUCCAAAAAAUGCCACUGAGCAGUACUUUCCUGUCACAUUGUGGUACUGUUUAUUAUUCUGUGCAAGGAGACUUUUGAGUCUGAGGAUGAAAUCCUAUGGUGUGACCAUUCAAAUGAAAGCUACUGAGCAGUACUUUCCUGCGGUACUGUUUAUUAUGCUGUACAAGGUGGUUCUAACUUUUGAGUCUGAGGAUGAAAUCCUUAAGUGUGACCAUUCAAAUGAAAGCUACUGAGCAGUACUUUCCUGUGGUACUGUUUAGUAUGCUGUACAAGGUGGUUCUAACUUUUGAGUCUGAGGAUGAAAUCCUAAAGUGUGACCAUUCAAAGGAAAGCUACUGAGCAGUACUUUCCUGCGGUACUGUUUAUUAUGCUGUACAAGGUGGUUCUAACUUUUGAGUCUGAGGAUGAAAUCCUACAAAGUGUGACCAUUCAAAUGAAAGCUACUGAGCAGUACUUUCCUGUGGUACUGCUUAUUAUGUUGUACAUUGUACAAGGUGGUUCUAACUUUUGAGACUGCGGGCGAAAUCCUAUGCUGUGACCAUUCAAAUGAAACCUUUUUGGGAGCUCUUUCACAUGGUGCUAGUUUUUUUUCAGCAUUUUACAAAAUAAAAUUUUGGAGUUUUUCUUUAAUUUUGACAUUGGCCAUUUCUGGGAGUAAAAGAGUUAAGAUUAUUAAAAUGAGUUCAUGGUGUCUGUUUGUUGCAUUUUGUGCAGGUGUAAGGAGUCCCAGCAUUUACAAGAAGUUGCUCUUUCGUUGUCGGAGCCAAGCACAUGUCAAUAUAUUUUAAAAGUAAGGAAAUCUUAACGCGAAUUAAUGUGAUCUCACUCCCCCUGUCGUCUUUCCCCCCACGCCCUUUGCAUUUUUUGAACUCUCAAGGUAAGAAGCAUUUAUUUAUUUUACAGGUCGAAUCGCCAAUUAUCUGUCCGUUGCUAGAGGAAAUGGACGCGUAUGGCUUAUUUCAAGUGGACGAUUCGUGA